AUGGACUGUUUUCGGCAGAUUUAUCGCCUUAUCAGGAGCCCUUUUAAGGGCACACAGCACCGGGUCUUGGAGAUUGGACCUCCCACGAACUUUCGAAAGGAGGAGCUACCAACGUUCAUUGCUGAUGACGACGCAAUAACCCUGCACAGCGGGACGGCAUUGGAGAAGGACGCCAUCGUCAGCACGACCGAGCAAGAGCCUUCAACACGGGAUAAAAUCAAGAGCCAGGUUCGAAGGUUGAGCGUUAAGAUGUCUCGCCCGCUCAGUGAGGCGGAAUCAUCUGGGGUGAUGGCCAAUGAACGAUGA